AUGGUGAUUGUGCAAUCGAACGUGAUCAGUUCGAACGGUGGUGGUCAGCUCGCGGUCGACUGGGACAUCAACGACCCCAGUGUGCCGAUCGUCACCGAGGCGGACUACGACGAUUACGGGGAGUGGAGUGACGGCCACUGCCGGUUCAUCUACCGGGCGUCGAGUGAGGAAGCGAAGCGCCACGCUUCGGGCUGGGCCAUGCGCAACACCAACAACCACAACGUGAAUAUCCUGAAGAAAAGCUGCCUCGGAGUGUUGGUUUGUACGGCCGGUUGCGUGCUACCGAACGGGGACAAGAUCCACCUGCGGCCCGCGAUCUGCGACAAGGCGAGGCGUAAGCAGCAGGGCAAAGCGUGUCCCAACAGACUUUGCAUCGGAGGAAUUCUGGAGAUUCAACCGUGCCGAGGACACUGCGGUUACCCGGUGACCCACUUCUGGCGCCACACGCCCCAUGCGGUGUUUUUCCAAGCCAAAGGCGUUCACGACCAUCCACGACCGGAGGCGAAAUCAUCCGGUGAGACGCGACGCGUCUUGGGCCUAGGCCGCCGGGAGCGCGUCCUGAGGACGGUGCAGUCCAAGAUGAACAAGAUUAAUGGAAUCAAACAGUCAAAGAAAUCGGCCAAACAGAUGUACCCGCUGGCAAAGAUGGGCGCGUACAUUCCCAGCUCGCCCACGAGGGUCACAAAGUCUGCCGAUGCGUCGUUCGAGGAGUCGGGAUACCACAUGGAAUAUCUGGCCGGAUCGCUGGAACCAACCGCCUGUACCUACAACUCACCGAUGCAACCGCCUCAGCCACAAACGGCGCAGCAGCCGUUGAUGGGCUCCCAGAACCAGGACUACGGCCAGAACUGUCUGUACGACAACACAAACUUCAUCCACCCGGAGGAGAUCUUCCAGCUGGACCAACCUCUGCGACCAAUGCCGGGGACCUACAAGUACCAACAGAACCAAUCGACCGUAGGGCACCAUCACCUUGGCAGCCCACCAACGACUACCAUGUUUGAUCUGGACACUGCCGACGGUGGCAAAAAUGGCCAGCAAUACUCACCGUACCGCACCGAGUACAGUACCGGCGCCGGCUACGGAGGACGGUACUUUGAUUCGGUCAAGUACGAAAGCAGCACCGACACCGAUACGGCCAGCCUCACCAGCACCAGCGGAUGCUCGAGCAUUCUGGAUGACAUUGCGUACUACGCAAGUCCGCAUGUCGAUUACCAGAAUAACAACAACAACUCGCUGGCCCAACUGGACAUGAACAAGAUCGGUUUGCGUGCGUGCGACAGCGUUAAUUCGUUCUUUAUUGGCCAAUCAAGUUGCGUGUCACCGACGGCGGCGCACAAGACGCAACAUCCCGAUCCCAAGUCGGUGACGCCACUUCAGCGGCCCACGUCGACCACGAUGACAACGCUCUCCUCACCGCUGUCCGACACGGAGCAGGCCACUCAAUUGGACCCGUACACGGUUGGGGCCGUCGGUUACGAAAACUACAGUGCGUCAUCCUCACCGAGUGCGUCGCAGCUGUACGGUGCGUACGACCCAUCGUUGGCCACCGCAUCGAAUCCUGCCGAAAGUAUGCUGCCCACCCCACAGAUGCCGACGUUCCCGACGAGCUCCUGCGAUCUGGGUCCGCAGAGUAACGGCGGAAAUGGAGCUCCCAGUAUGGCUCCGGAGACCACAGACUCUUGCUCGUGGUGGAAUAAUAGUUUUUUCCACUCGUCCACAAUGACGACCACAGCAACGACCGGCGCAGGUUGGAACCCGGGAUACGAUGAGAGUGCAAACCCCGUCGGUAACCACGGUCAGCCGGGGCAGUACUACGCGCUGGAGCACUGUGAAUAUCUGAGCUAG